AUGUGGAAGUUCGUUGUGACAUUCUGUGCGGCGAUUCUGGUGGUGGGAGCUGCUCCUCAGGGCGCUCCUCAGGCAGCACAGCCCGUGGACAGUGAACACGUGACGCCAGUGCCAAUCCUGCGCUACACAGAGUCUGUCGGCCAGGAUGGCAGCUUCAACUUCAGCUACGAAGCUGGCAAUGGCAUCAAUGUCGAGGGAGCGGGAUUCACGAAGCGCGCCCAAGUGCCCCGAAUCGACCCAGAGACCGGAGCUGAGUCUGGAUUCGAAGAGCAGGACGUCCUGGUGCAGACCGGCUCCUACUCCUACACCGCCCCCGAUGGCACGCCCAUCCACGUGCAGUACAUCGCUGAUGAGAACGGCUUCCAGCCCGUGGGAGAUCAUCUUCCUCAGCCACCACCACUGCCUGACGCAAUCGCCAACUCCCUGAGCCAGCAGGCAGCGCAGCAGCAGCAGGCCAAGCAAUUGGCGCCGCCACAAGAUGCCCCAGUUCAGCAGCAACCUGAGCCCGCGCCCUCAAACAUCGAACGAGUUCACGCCUUCCCGCAGCAAUUCGCUCCCUUCCAGAUCAUCGUCUAAGGAUCUCCGCGCAAGAUGUGCAAAUAGCAACUCAACUGUUCCUCAAGCGAUCCCCAAAUGCUGAAUCCUGCUGACUUUUUUUUUUACCAGUCACUCUAUUUAUAACCGC